GAGAGAGAGGGAAAGGGAAUUGAAAGGUUUCAUUUUUAUAUUUGGUGUUUAUGUGUUUGAAAAAUAUAUAAAAAGAUACAGAAGAAAUGGGGUAAGUGGGAGGGAGGGAGACUCUUCGUUGAUAGCAGAAGAAGAAACCACAUUAGGAAACUUCAAAGGUUAAAAUAAUGCAUUUCAUGGAAUAGAAAGCAGUGUAAAAAUGGUGGGUGGUAGUGAGAAUAGGAGGACUAAACAGAAGAGGAGAGUUGGUUUAUUGUAUGAUGAUCGAAUGUGUAAGCAUGCACCUCCUAACAAAACAGAUUGGCCAGAAAUCCCUGAUCGCAUCAAAUCCAUUUGGACCAAACUUCAAACAGCUGGUAUAACCCAAAGGUGUGUUCUACUGGAUGCCAAAGAGGUAGAAGAUAACCAAGUAUUGUUAGUUCACUCCCAAAAUCAUUUGAAAUUGAUGAAAGACAUAAGUUCCAAAAAAUUUAGUUCUCGAAGAAAGAAAAUUGCAUCAAAAUAUGACUCUAUUUAUUUCAAUGAAGGAUCAUCUCAAGCUGCUUCUCUUGCGGCAGGCUCUGUCGUACAGGUUAUUGAACAAGUUGCCAAAGGGGAACUAAGUUCUGGUGUGGCUAUUGUUAGGCCUCCAGGACAUCAUGCUGAACAUGAUAAACCAAUAGGAUUUUGUCUUUACAAUAAUGUGGCUAUUGCAGCGAAAUUCAUAUUGAAUGAAAAACCAGAACUGGGUAUUAAAAGAAUUUUAAUUGUUGAUUGGGAUGUCCAUCAUGGUAACGGUACUCAAAAGAUGUUUUGGGAGGAUCCACGUGUAUUAUUUUUCUCAGUUCAUAGGCAUGAGUUUGGAAACUUUUUUCCAUUUAAUGAUGAUGGUUUUUACACGAUGGUGGGCAAUGGACCGGGUGCUGGAUAUAAUAUAAAUGUCCCAUGGGAGAAUAAUCAAUGUGGGGAUGCUGAUUACAUUGCGGUUUGGGAUCAUAUUUUGAUUCCUGUUGCUAAGGAAUUUAAUCCUGACAUGAUUAUAGUGUCUGCCGGGUUUGAUGCAGCUGUUAAUGAUCCCUUAGGAGAAUGCCUUGUCACGCCAUUUGGAUACUCAGUCAUGUUGAAGAAGUUGAUGGAUUUCGCCCACGGGAAAGUUGUAUUGGCUUUAGAAGGAGGUUACAAUCUUGAGUCUACAGCGAGUUCAAUGCUUGCUUGUGUUGAAGUUCUGCUAGAUGAUAAACCAAAUGAUGGAUCUUUAGAUGUAUACCCGUUAGAGUCUACAUGGCGUGUAAUAAAAGCGGUUCGCCAUGAAUUACAUAUGUUUUGGCCAGUACUUGCAGAGGAAUUGCCAAAAACAAUAACUAAUCAAAAAGUACCUCUAAUUCCGUAUGUGACAUCUUCAAGCUCUGAUUCCGAAGUAGACUUUCUGGACAACCUCCCAACCAACAAAAGUUCUUUCGAAGAUCAAUUCUUGACAGCCAUGGCUACUGAGGUUGACAAUUUCAUCUCUCAUCAGUUUGCCAGGCCCAUGGAUGAACUCUUGGCCACUCUUGCUGGAGUCCACAGUCCCGAUGCUUCUCCACCUCCGGCUGCUUCUCAGUUGGUCACUCCCGAGGGGUUCUCCUCCAGUGCCCCUUCGGGCGCCAUUGUCUUGGUGGAUGAGGAGGAGGAGGUUGAGGAAGUUGAAAAAGGUGAAGAAGCAGAUCCGGCCGCCCUCGAGUGCAAGCGCAAGGGGAAGAUGGUGGAGGAGGAGCCUUCUAAGCGACCUUGUAGGGUGGACACUCGGGCUCCGAGCCAUGACUCUGGGAUUCCUUCCGAGGCGGAGGAAUACACUGUGCCUCGCGGCAUAGUGUUGACUCCGGUCCCGGGUGACGAGGAGAGACAGAAUCUUCGGGAGGCCAAAUACAAUUACGCCCUCGACGAGUACAGCCGGGGGCAUGCUGAAGUGGAGGCCUUGAAGAAAAUCUUACGGGAGGAGCAGCAAAAUACUCUCAACGAGGAGGCCUUCCGGAAUCCGUGGGACCUGAACAUGGAUCCGCUGACGGACUGGUUCAAUCGCUUCCUCGGGCCCACCUUGGCUCCUUUUGCCUUGGAGAUGACCAGCGAGUUUGUCUCCCAUCUGACUCAGUUCCCGCCUAAACGAUAUGCCGCUUGUGCCUCCUUGAACUCCAUUUACCAGGUUCAAGACAUUAGCAACGCCAUGGCUGCGAUUACUGCGGAGACCAGCCGCCUUUCCAAGACCUUAAUUAAUCAUGGCUUCGUCAUGUCCGAAUUUGGGGGCAUAGACGAGGCCGUGAGGAUCCUGCGUGACCUGUCUGCUGAAAGGCGGGCGAUCCAGGAGGAGGCUGAUCGAAGGGAGGCCCUCGCUAAGGCGAAGCUCAAGGAGGAAGCUAAACAGAGGGAAGCCCAGGCAGAGGCGAAGCUCCAAGAGGAGGCCAAACGGAGGGAGGCUGAGCUGGAGGCGAGGCAUCGGGAGGCGCUGAAGGCGGAGGGUGAGGCCGUCGCCAAGGCUAGGCGUGAGCUUCAGGAGGCCAGGGAAGCCAUGGACGAGAUGGCUGCCAAGGUAAAGUCCUUAGAGGAAUUGCACCAGGCAGAUCUGCAGUCUAUGACCAACCUGACUGUGGAGGUGAAGGAGUUGAGUGACUUCAAGGUUCAGGCUUUGGAAAAGGCCAAAAGAGAAGAACUCCUAACCCCCGUCUCCUGCAAGCACGCGCCAAACGCUUUGAUGAUGGCGUCUACAUGGCGUGGAAGUCGAACGGCCAGAGCAUCAAACUCGACUUCUAUCCCAAGCCUGAGGAGGCUCUUGCUAAGUUCCGGGAGAAGAAGAAAAAGCUUGAUGCUAUGCUUGAAGCGCGUCGGGGCCUUCGCCUUCCUCGUAUUGAUUAGGCCGCUGAGUCCAGCC